CGGCUCGUCGGGAGAACUCUAGGAGGAAGGCGCGUAUUCCAAACAGCAGACAGAAGAGAGGUUUGAGUUAUAGAAAUAAAUGCCGUAAAAUGAAUACAGCCUUUCGCAAAGAAAUAACAGCGCGAUUAGAAUAUUAACAGAGGGGUUUCAGUCAGAAUGCCAGUCCUUCCCCAGAAUAACCUUCAGAAACAGCUGGAGCUGCAUUCCACCAAAGCUGCCCAGAACAAACUGUCACUGCCAAAACCCAAACCAGGGUGCUUUACCUUUAAAAAGAAUACCCCAUCGUGUAGUACUGCAGUGCCUGUUUCUUCCAAGGUAACAACAUCUGUUUUAGUGGGCAAGGAUGUUAAUGUUUAUCAUGAUUGCCCAGUGACUGAACCUCUGACAUCUCUAAUCAAGCCUAAAGAACAGCAAGCAAAAAUCAACAGCUACUUUGAGUCAAGCUCCAAGCCGCAGAAACUGAAGUUUACACCAGUCGUGACUAACCCAAUAGCGAACAGUACCAAGCCAGAGUGGCGAGCUGCUAAAAUUGUACCAGCGACAACUAAACAAGAUGAGGGAAGCAAAACACUUGAGACGGCUAAAGAGCCUGACUUUGACCAGUCCUUUGGCAUUGAUAUCAAUGAAUGGGAUGACCUUGAAGACUUUGACACAUCUUUUAAAGACAAAAGCAUUACAGCAGGUAGCCAAAACCAUGCCGGGAAGAACUCUAAAACUCAGAAUGGAUCCAGUACAAAAAAGCUAGGUUUUAAAAAAAAAGGAGCAUUCAAAGAUUCACUGUUUAAAAACCUGGACAGCAAGGGCAGUGAUGAAACCUGUGAGGAAGGGCAGCUUGGCAAAAGCAGGUUUGUAUCCAGUUUAGAGGAUUCGGACAGGUCUUUGACAUGCCUGAGUGAUUGUGCUCCCCAGAAAGACACGCAUGAGGGGAGUGGGGAUGAAGAGGAGGAUACUCCUGUGAAAGGUACUAGGAAGCAUCACUUUGCACAACCAAUAGAUGUUCUGAGUGACAGUGAAGAAGAACCCACAGAAAAGGACAUACCUGUAAAUGGUAAAUGGAAAGGUGCUCAGAGUGACAAAGAUAUUAUAGAUGUCGAUGAGCCUGAAGAGAAACAGAAUGACAAACCUGACUUUGAGGAAGAGGACAUUGAUUUUAUUCCACCCUCUCCAGAGAGUGAAACAUUCCCUUCUCCUCCUUUUCUAAAGCCCUACAGUGGUUCAGAAAAAUGUGGUUCUAGUGAGAAGACACCCUUUUCGUCAAAUGGAUCUAUUCUCAAACAAGCCAAUGUGGAUUGCAUACAGAACAAAGUCAGUGGCUUGGGAUCAGAAGAUCAGCUGUUUAGCGUAAUGGAAGAGAUUUGCAGGUUGGUUGAUUCAAUCCCUUCUCGUGAACUGAAAGCACUGUCCUGCGGCAGCCAGCUUCUUCAGCAGAGGGAACGCAGGAAAAAGAUUGUUGCUCAAGCUUCCGAUGCACAGUUGAGGUGCACCGACACAAGUUUUGACUCUGUCACCCAGCCCUUUUACUGUCAUUCAACUCAAAUAAGUACUGCUGCUAAGAAUGAUCAGCCUUCUACUAAGACUUUUCAAUUCAGAAAAUCAUCUUCAGUCCCUUCUGCAGCAUGUGAGGACAGUUUUUGCAAUGACCUGAGUGCUAUAAAUGGUAUUCAAACCCCUGACCAGACUCCAAACAUCUCCUCAAGACCAAGUGCUUCAUACUAUAACAGUCUUAGUGGACAACCAAGGGGAAGACUGUCUACAAACAGUGAUUAUAAAGAGUCUUCUUCAGCUUUUUGUUAUGCAAAAUGUCCCUCUCCAGAGGUGGAGGAGGAACAAGAUUGCAGUAGUAACAGAACUCCGGAUCAAACAAAUGGCAGUAUAACUGAACCGGAUAAUAUGGGUGCUUUUAUUGAUGAUGACGAUUUUUUCUUUGACAUAGAUGAUUUUGAUGAGGGAGAAAUGGUUGACUGUCAUGACAGUGUGUCAAACACUAGUACUGCAGCUAAAAAGCUGUCUGAUUCAGUGUUUCAACCAAUCAAAGAAGGUGGACUUAGCAGAUCGCCGUGGGAAAAGAAGACUCCAGUGGUUAAUGGAACCAAUCCCUGUUUAACCCUUUCUUCAACGUUCAGUCCAACACCAACUUGCAGCAGCAAAAGUUCUUCAGACCAAGCUAAAAAUCCAGCCCAUGUUCGAUUCGAGGGAUUCAACUUCCCACACUCCAAGGAAAUGAUGAAGAUUUUCCACAAACGAUUCGGUCUUCAUCAGUUCCGAACCAAUCAGCUGGAAUCCAUUAAUGCCGCACUGUUGGGUGAAGAUACUUUCAUCUUGAUGCCCACUGGUGGUGGUAAAAGUCUUUGCUACCAACUUCCAGCCUGUGUUUCACCAGGAGUUACUGUUGUAAUUUCCCCUCUUCGGUCCCUAAUAGUAGACCAGGUCCAGAAAUUGACAACAUUGGAUAUCCCUGCUACAAGUUUGACUGGGAAUCAGAGUGAGGCUGAAUCUGGCCGUGUUUUUAUGCAGCUAGCAAAGAAAGACCCCAUUAUUAAGCUCUUGUAUGCUACCCCUGAGAAGGUGUGUGCAAGCAACAGGCUGAUCAGUACACUUCAAAAUCUGUAUGAAAGAAAGCUACUGGCACGAUUUGUGAUUGAUGAAGCCCAUUGUGUCAGCCAGUGGGGUCAUGAUUUCCGGCCAGACUUUAAAAGAUUACAUGAGCUGCGUGAGAAGUUUCCUAACGUUCCAAUAAUGGCCCUGACAGCUACAGCCAACCCCCGGGUCCAGAAGGAUAUUCUUAAUCAACUGAAGAUGUCGAAGCCACAGGUGUUUACUAUGAGCUUUAAUAGGCAUAACCUGAAGUACGAAGUUCUUCCAAAAAGACCAAAGAAGGUGGCUGAGGAAUGCAUUGACUGGAUCAGAAAACAUCACCCACGCAACUCUGGGAUUAUAUAUUGCUUGUCUCGAAAGGAUUGUGAUACCCUGGCUGACAAUUUACAGAAAGUGGGUAUUGCUGCCUUAGCUUAUCAUGCUGGCCUGAAGGACAGUGAGAGGGAUUUAGUACAACAUAAAUGGAUCAAUCAGGAUGGCUGCCAGGUAAUGUGUGCCACUAUUGCAUUUGGGAUGGGGAUUGAUAAACCUGAUGUGCGGUAUGUGAUCCACGCUAGCCUGCCAAAGUCUAUAGAAGGAUAUUAUCAGGAAUCUGGACGAGCCGGAAGAGAUGGUGAAAUAUCCCACUGCCUGCUCUUUUACUCUUACCAGGACGUUAUUAGAAUCAGACGACUUAUAGAAAUGGAGAAAGAUGGAAACAGACACACAAAGCAGACCCACUAUAACAACUUGAACAGUAUGGUGCAUUUUUGUGAGACUGUGGUGGACUGUCGCAGAAUUCAGUUGCUGGCUUAUUUUGGAGAAACUAACUUCAACCCCAAUUUCUGUAAGGAGCACCCGGAGGUCAUCUGUGACAACUGCUCUAGAACAAAACAAUACAAGUCAAGGAAUGUAACAGAAGAAGUGAGGAGCAUAGUCAGAUUUGUUCAAGAAAAAUGUGAAAAAGUUGGAUCAAGACAGAGCAGAGGAGCACAGGGCAACAGGCUCACUCUCAACAUGUUGGUUGACAUAUUCUUAGGUAGUAAAACUGCCAGAAUCCAGACUGGUUUGUUUGGUAAAGGAGCAGCAUAUUCAAGACACAAUGCUGAAAGGCUCUUUCGGAAGCUGGUUUUGGACCGGAUACUGGAGGAAGAUCUGUACAUCACAGCUAAUGGCCAGGCUGUUGCUUAUACUUCUGCAGGGGAAAAAUCUAUGUCUGUUCUUAAUGGCUCCAUCCAGGUAGAGUUCCAUGACACAGAAAAUGCCUCCACUUUAAGGAAGCAAAAGGCGGCAGUGGCCAAAAAUGUCUCAAAGCGGGAGGAGAUGGUCCAGAAAUGUGCUCAGGAACUCAAUGAUCUGUGCAAGAAGCUGGGCAAGGUCUUUGGAGUACAUUACUACAACAUAUUUUCUACAGCCUCCAUCAAGAAGAUUGCUGAGACAUUGUCAGCUGACCCACAAGCUCUUCUUGAGAUUGAUGGUGUAACAGAAGACAAGCUGGACAAGUAUGGGGCAGAACUCAUUGACGUCCUACAGAAGUACUCUGAAUGGAAACUGCCUGCAGAGGACCAAUUGGAGAAACCUGGUGUUUCUGAUGGCUGGAUUAAUACCGCAAGGGAUGAAGAUAGAGAUGGGGGUGAUGAAGAUGAAGGAGGUUCCACUUACUUCGGCAAUAAAAAUGCGAGAGGAGGAAAACGAAAGAAAGCUCCCUAUUUCAAGAAUUCCAAAAAGAGAAAAGGUGGAAAUGGUGGGCAGCAGUCGGCUGCAAAAGGAGGCUACAAGAGUAACUAUUCAAAGACUUCCACUACCAGUUCUAGAGGGGGAUACAACGCCAGACCUCAAAGCACAGCAGGUUACAACUUCACUAGUGCAGCGGCAGCGAUGGCGACAAGCAAGAGACCUGGCUUCAUGGCAAUGCCAAUGCCACGACCCAACCAGCGGGGCUUUCUCAAGCCUUCCUUUGCAUUGACGUAGUCCGUGCAAUCCCAGCUGUACAAUAGUCAAGGUUUUUUAAGCAAAAUUAGUGUUGCUGAAUGUUAUAUAAUGAAAACUUAUUAAAAAUAAAAAAAGGAAAGGCUAGCUCGUAAAAUAUUGGCUAGGAUCCCCAGUAUAACAUUCCACUAAUCAAACUACAGUAUUAAAGGUGAUGCUUGUAAAGGACAUGGGUUAACAUGUGGAGUUUCGGAUUCCUGGGCUGUGCAACACACUCCCUCACUAUACCCAGAGGGAAUGGAGAUUCCACAAACAGGUGGCUUUAUAGCCAUAUAUCUACUGUGCUCAAUGUGGAAAACCAAUGUUUGUGUUUUAUUAGCUUUGUCAAUAAAAUAUUUCAGGGCUUGAAAUGCAUGUUUUGUUUUGGGCUUUCGUCUUCUCUUUUUAAGUGUCCAACUUUAGUAACUGAAAUAUUACUUGUGAUUUAGUUGUGCAGCUGGAUCAGAUAUCUUUGUUAAAUCUUCAGUUUUUAUUUUUAAUUCAGCAUUUUCAGCUAAAGGGUCAGUUGUUGCUCUUUUUGAUGUUUUUACUUGUGUAAUCUGUACAUAAUAAAGGAUAUUUUAUUUUAAAAAGCAGUGUAUUGAAGACAUUUUUUAAAGGAUUUUCUCACAUUAUAAAUGUUGUCUUAUUAAGAUCGAACUUCCAACAUCCGCAGCUUGGAUGUGAUUUUGAGUUGAACCUCUCUUCCUGCAUCCAGUCCUCUGUUUGACCCCCUUGUUGAAAUGUGCCAGCAAUCAUGCCAGUGCUAAAUUGGGUAAACUGACACAACAUAUAGUGGAUGCUGUAUCUAUCAAAGACUUCUACCCUGUCCACAUGGCUUACCAAAUGCACUAUCAAAACUUCUUAAGACCACGUGAUCAGGCAUUGAAGUAGUGUGAACAACAAACUAGUCUUCUGAGAUGAAUUACCGGUUGGAUGACUAAUAACUCCUCAGUUCAGAUGGAGACUGGUUGCAGUUUGGUUUUGAAGAUGCUUUCAUUAUGUUAGGUGCUGUGUUUUAAUGUGACUGUCUUGGCAUUUUGAACCCUUCCUCCAGACAUGAAAGAACAACACCGAUAUCGACUGUUGGUCUGGGAAGUCAGCUUACCCUGUGCAGUGCUGAAAGAGCUGUGUACAGUGUUUGCAAUACAGCAGUACUGCAGAGCUCAUAAACAGCCAGUAACCACACACUUCUAGCCAUUGUAAAUUCCAGGCUGGGGUAUAUGAACAGCCAUUCUAGCCCAGAUAUUUGUUACAACCAGACUUUUAAUUAAUUGAAACAAUUAAAUCUCUGCUUGGACAUCAGUCUGUUAAUUGAUAACCUCUAAUGUGGAAUGCACAUUUUGUUGUGCAUUUAUGUUGACAGCAAAACAAACAAAAGAAAUCUCUUAACAGACUUGCCUACCGCGUACAUGUAAAAACGGUGGGUCUCAGCUGUCUCACUUAAGCGAUAUAGUGUGUUUGUACUGCAAUACUGUUACAGCGCAUGUCAUACGCCUGCUUGUACUGAAAACGUGAUUCAACGGCAAGCAGCUUGCGUUCAUCCCUGUCUGCUUCUGCUGCUGCGCCAAGGAUUUCAAACAAAAAUUGGCGCGGUUGUGAUGUCACAAAACAUCCGCGAGCGCAGUCAGAACUUUUCAUCUCCGUGCAGCUCGCAACAAUUUAAUUCCGGCGUGACUUCGGCAUCUCAGUGUCAGAACCGAACCAGAACCAACCCCAUCUUCUGUAACCUCUGAGUCUGUUCAUUACAUUUCACCCCCCUUCAAUGAGUUACAAUGCUUCAUGUUUUCAAGAAUGACUGAAAUACACUCAUGAGAUAUUUUUAUAUACAAAAU